AAGCCAAUCAUUCAACGCCUCUUUCUACGAAGCUUUCCUUCCAUAUCGCUUCCUGCCUUAUCCCCUCUCUGCGCAUCUUCUCCACAACCAGCGUCGCCGCCGUCUUUUAUCUUCUUCCAAUUAAUCUCUCUCCGCCGCCGAUUCAAUCAUUCGGUAAGCCGCUUCCGAUCUCAACCUCGUUUGGUGGAGAAUUAUUUACAGCCUUAGCUUCCUAGGGUUUCUGUCUGCCUCCGUCGUCUUUUUUUUUGUCUUGUUUUGAUUGGUUCAGUGAGAUUGAGAUCCGUGGGGGGAAAAUAGAAGCACAUAGUCUGGCUGGUCUUCUGUGCUUGUUUGGUUCUAAUUUCGAUAUCAAGACCCCUUUUUUGUUCAAUUUGCUGGGUCCGUUUAGGGUUUGGUCGAGGAAGAGGGUUUGUUGCAAUUUUCGUGCCUUUGAGAUCUAGGGUUUUUGGGUUUUGUGGUAGGUUUUAGGGGUUUUUUCUUACCUAGGCUUCCAUAUGGCUGCUGGAAGGCACGGAGGUUACAUAGACAAUGAGUUCAGGAACCGGGAGUCAGAUUUGGAUGUGCCACUGAGGGAUUUUGGGUAUUCCAAGAUGGAUUAUGAUAAAGCUAGAGAUGCCGAUCUGGAGUAUGAUAGGUUUCCUGUUCCUGACCGGAAUAUCCGAAAUGGGAAAAGAGUCAGAAAGAAGGAUAUAAAAGAAAAGGAAUUGACGAAUGGGGAACGUCAUUCUGUGUCUAGUAGGAGUGACUCAGGUAGCAGUGAAGGUGGUGGUAGUGCUGGUGGGCCCGAGAGACCUGGAUUUGCAGCCAAGGAUUUUGACCGAGAACCUGGUGAGCUGUUUAGUGAAAGCAGUUCUGAUGGAACAAUGGACAUAGAUUCAGAGUUGAAAGGUGGGGAGGCUAAAAAACUGGUCAAUGGAAACAAGUCACCUCUUCUGAGUAAGAAAAGGAAAUUCUCUCCGAUCAUUUGGGAUAGAGAUGAUAAGGAAGUGGCUAGAACAGUGAUGACAACCAGUGUACAUCCUACAUCUAACCGUCCCCGUAAUCCUCCCGAGAUAAAGUUUGAUCACACACCUAAACCUCAUCAGAAUUGCAAUCCACAGUAUUCUCCUAUGACAGAGAGUAGGGUUCAGCAGUCACCUGUUCAUCCUGCUCAUCCAAAUAGUUCUCCUGGAACUCAAUCACUUGCUAAUGUAGCUUUGAUCUCCACUCAUGGAGGAUUGGGCAGUGAACAAAGGGUGCAGGAAUUUCAAGAUGAUGAGUAUGUACCCACUCGAACCAUAAGGUAUUCACGGUGGGCUACUGACGCUAAUUCCCCAGCUGAUGAAGGUGAAAUAUCAAAUGAUGAUCAAAUUCCCUUACCAAAGAGGAGGAAGUCAGCUUCCGAGUUCAUAGAACGUAAAGGAAACUCUAAAACCCUAACUCCAGAUCUGUCAGAGUUCAGGAGAGAUUCUGAAGGAACCAGGACUAGGUCAUCUGGGUCUGAGGAGCGUGUAAGGUCUUCCAGUAGGGAUAGCUAUGCUGAUAAUGAUGAAAACAACUGUGAUCACAGGGGUGCUAGCAAGGACCGGGAUGAUAACGACACUAGCUCUAGCCACUCAGAUACAGAAUCUGAAGACCACAUGGACUCACCUGGUACACCAGACCCUGCACCCCCGUUGCAAAGAACUGUGAACAUGCUUCAAGGAUGUAGGAGUGUUGAUGAAUUUGAAAGGCUCAACAAGAUAGAUGAAGGCACCUAUGGCGUAGUCUACAGGGCUAGGGAUAAGAAGUCUGGAGAAAUUGUUGCUUUGAAAAAGGUUAAGAUGGAGAAAGAGAGAGAAGGAUUUCCUUUGACUUCUCUAAGGGAGAUAAAUAUUCUCCUUUCAUUUCAUCAUGCCUCUAUUGUUGACGUUAAGGAAGUAGUUGUUGGGGACAAAAUUGAUAACAUUUACAUGGUGAUGGAAUAUAUGGAACAUGACCUCAAGGCAUUAAUGGAAACAAUGAAGCAGCCAUUUAGCCAGAGUGAAGUAAAAUGCCUUAUGAUCCAGCUUUUGGAGGGGAUUAAGUAUCUUCAUGAUAAUUGGGUUCUUCAUCGUGAUUUAAAGACAUCAAAUUUGCUUCUAAAUAACCGUGGUGAGUUAAAAAUUUGUGAUUUUGGGUUGGCCCGGCAAUACGGAAGCCCUCUGAAACCCUAUACUCAGUUGGUGGUUACUUUGUGGUACAGGGCACCAGAGCUGUUAUUGGGAGCCAAGCAAUAUUCAACAGCAAUCGAUAUGUGGUCGUUGGGUUGUAUUAUGGCUGAAUUGUUGUCCAAAGAACCUUUAUUCAACGGGAAAUCAGAGAUCGAACAGCUUGAUAAGAUUUAUAAAAUCCUUGGCACACCCAACGAAACAAUAUGGCCUGGAUUUUCUAAACUUCCAGGUCUCAAGAUCAGCUUUGUGAAGCACCAGUAUAACCUGUUGCGCAAGAAGUUUCCAGCAACCUCCUUCACAGGAUCACCAGUACUUUCUGAUGCUGGCUUUGACUUGUUAAACAAGCUCUUGACUUAUGACCCUGAGAAGCGCAUAACUGCCGAAGCAGCUCUCAACCAUGAGUGGUUUCGUGAAGUUCCCCUUCCCAAGUCUAAAGAAUUUAUGCCCACAUUUCCAGCACAGCAUGCUCAGGACAGGCGGAUGAGAAGAGUAUAUAAGAGCCCAGAUCCUCUGGAGGAGUUGCGUAGGAAAGAGUUGCAACAAGGUGAUUUAGGAAAUGGUGGGUUGUUUGGUUAAGAAAAUCCAGCAUUGCUCAUCUGUAAUGUUUGAGAUUCUCUUCCUGCAAUACUUGUUGGAUUGAAAUGGUUGAGGUGAGAGAGUCCAUCUCUACUGAAAGGACUUGUUUGUGAGAAGAUCAAUCAUGCUGUUUUUUAGCAGGCACUUUUUUACAAGAUAGGUGGAGAAAGGAUUCUUUUGGCACAGUAUUGCAGAUAUGUUGCAUGUGGGCUUAAAACAAACCUCAUCAGACUGCUUGCCUUACUGGGUAGUAUGCUGGGCCAUAAUAUACCAACCGGGUUUGAUUGUGUCCCGUGUAUGUAACAUAUUUUUUAUUUGCAAAUUGGGAACAAUUUCUGACGUUGGUUCUUAAUAGAAGUUAUGAAAUUUUAAUGUGUUACUAUAUUUAAUGGAUCUUGGUAAUUUUACUUUUUAUCCAUUUUGAUCUUCAAAUUAUGUUUGCAAGAGGUGGUGUAAAGCAGACACGGUGUACUAUCAUUUUUCAUUCACGAAGACAUAGACAGAAAGUAAUGAAACAUUCCAAGAAAUGUUCAGUUUUACUUUUUAUCAGUCAAACUUCCAGAAUCUGCUGGAUCAACAGCUGGUUUACUCAUGCAUCAUCUUCUGCAUUACUUCACAUGUUGAGUAUCAAGCAAAGGAGUGUGGACAGAUAUGUUCAUUGUCUGUCAAGUAUCAAGCUCAACAAGGUAUCUCUUUCAGCACAUCAUAUUAGUUCUGUACUUCUGAGCCACUCGUGGAUAUAGCCUUCCCAUCGUUAAGAGGAUUACUAUUAUGUUCUUUGGCAUGAUGUCUGAUGAUCUUAUAUGUGGCGCAUUUGAAAGAGACAAGUGCCCCUUAGUUCAAGUUUGUGCACUCUGCCCUCAUUCAUACACUUGCCCAAACUGAACAUUGAUUGUUGUGUGUGGCAAAGAAAAAAUCACUCGAACAACCUUUUUUGAGAGACUUAAGUUUUGCUUAUUGAAAGUGCUUUUGUUCUCACAAACAUUUUUACACUUCACUAUGUCCAGGAGAAAUUGCACUCUUUACUCGUUUAAGCCAAAGUAUUGGACUUAUCUUUUCUAGGUCUGCAAACACAUAAUUUCGAACGAGAAAAUAAUUGAGGAUAUAUUCUACAAAAGCAAAAGCUUUACACUAUGCUUGGUUCAAUGAAUUUGGAAGGAAAAGAAAAGUGGUUUUCUUUCAUUUUGCUCACCAAAAUGAAAGGAAUUUGGUUUUCCUUUCCCUUUGUACAAUUUGCCUUCUCAUUUUAUUCUCUUUCCACUUUUCUUUUCUUUUCUUUUCAUCUCUAACCAAACAAGAUAACUGUUUUCCAUCUCAUUUUCUUUUCUUAAUACCUUUCAAAUCCUUGAACCAAACACUGUACACUAAAUGUUUUUUAUUAUCGAAAGCUCCCAUUUUACCACUAAUCAUGUACAUGCCCUUUUAGUAUUUGUUGCAUCUUUGGUUACACAGUCGCACAGACACGUAGUCAAAUGCAGUGAAGUAAAUGUUCGGAAGUUUAUAGAUGUGGGAAAAUAAAGCACUAAUAAGAGCCACAGAUUGUUGGGCAACAAAUUUUGAGGACUUUUGGUAGGCAUUGGAAAGUGCACUGUGGUCUCUUAGUGGCAUCAUCACCUGAUGGGAUUGCCAGCUUGCCUGAGAAGAAGAACAUCAUACUCACAAGAUAGGCAUGGACUUCCCCACAGUGUGAUUCUCGGUGCUCGUUAAAAACGAAUGCCCAUCAUAUUGCCCGAAGGCCAAGUUGUCGUAAAAUGGUACUCUAGUACAUUGUCGUGGUAAGUAAAUGGAAAACAUUACUUUAACCCCGAAGAUGAAAUCAAUGAUGCACCACCACCGGUUAUCAUGCAUGGAUGCAAUUAAUCAAUGAUCCUUUGGCGUGAUGUUUGUUUUGUAAAUGACUGAUUAGUUAGGUCAUUUUCGAAUCCCUUUAUCGCCCUAUUGACUGAUCUAGCUGGAACUAAAAAAAAGCCUUCAUAACCU